AGAAGAACCGAGACGUAAGAUAGCCUAAUUUCAUCCAAAUCUUGGCCAAUCCCCCACAGUGGGUGUGCGCCAUCGCUCAAGGAAUACCAUACCAUACCAUACCAUCAGCUCGCUGUUUGCCGACCAAGCCAGGUGUUUCCGUCCACGCGAUCACUUAUUUACGUGGCAGUCGACGGCAGCAAGCCCCGAUGUCCACGGACAGCAAGCGGCCGGUCAGACCGGCGUACUACUGGCGCAGCCGGCUCCACUUCUACGCCUCGGCCUACCUCUGCACGGCGGGGCUGACCAACCUCAACUGGUUCCCGUACGCCAUCUACAGGCGGGGCCGAGGCUCUUUCCUGGUGAUGUACGCGGCCGUGAUGAGCGUGCUGGUGGUCCCCAUGCUGCACAUGGAGGCCAUCCUCGGUCAGUUCGCGCACGCGGGAAACCGAGGAGUGCUCGAGUGCUCGCCCGCAUUCGCUGGCCUGAGCUACACGAUGGCCUACUUCUACCUGGCGAGCGCGGCGAGCAGCGCACUGACCAUGUCGCACGCAGUGCUCUACCUGCUGGGAAGCAGCCAGGACCCGCUGCCCUGGUCCACCUGCCGAGGCAUGAACGCCACCACCUGCUACGUCCUCGAAGCCGGAGGGCCCCGACCGUGCCGGCAAGUGCACCGCACCCUGGCGCUGCGGUUCGAGGCAGCCGCAGAACGCGACCGGCUGCCGGGCAUCCCCGUGGUGCUCGGCGACCGCGUGGUGCUGGUGCCGCGGCACCAGUUCGCGCGCAACUGCACCCCCUCCACCGUCAGCGCGGUCGAGCACUACCACCGGGACUUCGUGCUCCGUGUGGGCGGCCACCUGCACGGACUGCACCUGAACCCCGACGUGGCGCUGGCGUGCGCGGCCACCUGGGCGAUCGCCUGCGCCGCUUCCUGCUCGCGCGUCGGACUCUUCAGUGCGCUGAUGUACGCGCUGGUCGUCGUUCGCGUGUUCCUCGUGUGGUUCCUGUGCGCCAAGGUGGUCGGCGAGGGCUUCAAAGGCAGCCUCUGGAAGCAGCUGUCAAGCUUCGACCCCGCCCAGCUGCUAGAUUUGCAGUCCUGGAAGGUAGCCACGGAGCAGAGUCUGUACAGCGCGGGCUGUUCCCGGUCCUUCUUGCGUCUCGCCAGCUGGAACAAGUUUUUCAGCGACGUGCGCUGUGUGGCCCCCAUCCUUGCGUGGACAAACUUCGUGACGACGCUCAUGUCGACCGCCAUGGUCUUGCUCCUCCUCUUCCUCGUCUCGGAGAGAACGGACACCGAGCUGGACGCCUACUUCGAGCCCAAGGAGGCCCACUUCGUGUCCGUGGUCCAGGCGCUUCUCCUCCUGGAGCCUGAGCGGUCGUUCUCCGUCCUCUAUUUCAGCCUCAUGUUCCUCACGGGAAUCUUCGACCUGGUGAUCAUGCAGGAGGUGGUGUUGGAGGUGCUGGUGGUCGACUUCCCGGCGUUCGCCGAGCGGACCGUGUUGGCCAGGGGGGCGCUGUGCCUGCUCGUCUACGCGCUCAGCCUGCCGCUCUGCUCCGGGGCGGGGCCGUACCUGGCCGGACUGCUGGACGACCACUUCAAGGGGACGCUCUACUUGCUCGUCAACCUGGUCGAAGUGCUGGUCGUCACGAGGGUGUACGGUGUGCGUCGCCUGAUCAUCGACGCCCAGACCAUGACGAACAUGACGCCCAACAUCGUCCUGCGCACUGUCUGGACCACGGUGCUGCCAAUCUCGCUCACGGCACUGGCACUGUCAACCAUGCUGUACAAACCAGGCUCGUCGUACCACGAAUACAUCUACCCUGCCUGGGUGAAAGACUUGGUCCUUGGCUUGGCUCUGGCGGGUUUUGGCUUUGUGCCAGCCUACGCCGUGGCCUCAUUCGUGUCGAGUAGAUGGGAGCCCUCGAUGUGCCUGAUGCCAUCUGUGCGCUGGGGCCCGAACCCGGACGCCCACGCUGACUGCCAGUACGUGGAGAGGCUGCAGCGCGAGGGCGCCAGAGACUGGUCCGCAGGCUGGAUGGCGGCGAAGGACGAACCUGCUCUAAACAAAACGGCGCCUCUGCCUUCCACGUCGUCCACGCUGUCGCCGCAUCCGGAUGAAAGCCGCGCCACCGCUGGAGCCGUGCCAGCAGCUGCCAGCACCCCACCGAGCACCAAGCCUCCCAGACUGUUUUUCCGGGCCACCCCUCAACGGGAGAGCCAAGCCACCGGAGGCACCCCCAGUGUAGCUGAACGCCGGCAACUGCAAUGACACAAUUUCCUCGCCUCAUAGCUUCCGGACCUUCAACUACGAUUGUGCGGCUCCCUGACCUUCCCACCUGUAGCAUGUGCGCUGCUUCCGAACCGCUUCGAACUCUGUGUCUUGUCAGGGCGUGCUGUGGCACAUUGGUCUCAACUGAGAAACUUUAGAGCGAUCGCUUUAAUACUGCUGAAAAACUGUAAUUGCACCGAGCCACAGCUGCUUUCUAGAGUUCGGAAGCUGUAUGCGCUUUUAAUACUUUUUUAUAUGUGGACAAUUCACUGAAUGCGUGCAUAUACAGGCAGGUCGGGAUGCCAGCAGGGCACCCGCCCUGCUAGUGUGGUGCUUUACCCUGUCACUGGAAAACUACGUCACCACACGUUCAGCGGCUCAAUCGAGUAUUGUGCGUGCGUGUCUUCCGUGAGGGUGCACUUGGAGAACACUUGGACGAACGUGCGUUUACCGAUGAUAUUGGCGCCCUACACCUUCCUUUUACGCAGGUAUUGCUCCAGAAAGGCUGGAAACUAACUUGAUUUUGUUUAUAUGUAAAACUGUUUACAUGCCCUAUCAGGAACUGCCCUUGAGUGUAUCUUUUCCUUCAUUAUUGAGUGAGCAAAAUGAAUUUAUCAAGCGUAUGCAGUUCGUAGGUUGUCUUUUGUACAGCGGCAGAAAUCGCCACCAAUGUGCUGCAGCUCGCGCAGGAUGCGCCGGCCUUAUUUGUCGUUUGUUGUGCGUUGGUAUGACGGGAUCGAAGGCGAACUUAGAGGAGGUUGGAACUACAGUGUGUCUAUAAACAGCAACACCAAGUAUAAACAUAGGCAUAUUGAAAACCAAAAGCAAAGACAAUAAAAACCAACACAGCCAAAGUGAGAUGCCACACAUGAACACGUCUAAAUACGACGCACAGUCGACGAAAUGAGCAUCUGCGUUGAAAUCGGAUAGUGGCAAAUUGGUGAGUAAAAACUGCCGCAAGCAUAUGUAACCAUUUUAAUACUGCCAACAGUGUACAGCGCCAUUACUUAUACACCUUAGUUAUCACAAGUCUAUGCUCUGCGUCUGCCACUGUUGGAAAGCAACAACAUUGCGAGUCAGGUCUGUGCGAAAGGCAGUAUACCACAUUAAAGCAGUUGCGGAUCGCAUUUCUCCCCAUUUACUUUGCUGCUUUUUUUCUCUUUGUGCCUUUAAGCAUUGCUGUGGGCGGUAAUCUCAGCUUCCGGGUGCUGCCCCACAGGCCGUCAGUGCCACUGGCAGGUCCGUCGUUGUACUGCACUGGCCUGAAUAAAGGUGAUAAUUGUAUUCGCGAAA